UUUAACAGCCAUUGCUUGUCGGUGGCCUCAACCGCCCGGUGGGCGUGUAUCUGAGCCUAGUGCUAUCUAACUAUCUCUCUCUCUCUCUAUCUAUCUAUCAGUCUGAACUGCGGGGCAUUGAUAUUGAUCCUUGCCCACGUCCGUGUGGUGCGUACUCGAAUUGGAUUGGACGGUGGGAGCCGAGGAUGCCCGUGAAUGUCGGCCGUCAAGAUGUCCGGGAGUGAUCGAUUGGAAAACGUGAAUCCGCAGCUGUUCGCCACUUUGGGCGAUCGGGCUCGGCGGGACGAGGAUUGGGACGAGAACGUGACCGAUCCGUUCGAUAGCCGAGAGGUCUUUGAUCUCAUUCGGGACAUCAACGACCCCGAGCAUCCCUUGACCUUGGAGCAACUCAACGUGGUCGAGUUGGACAAGGUCCAAGUGGACGACCACCAGAACUUGGUGGAUGUUACGUUUACCCCCACGAUUCCGCAUUGUUCCAUGGCCACAUUGAUCGGUUUAGCCAUCCGCGUCAAGUUGCUCCGCUCUUUGCCACCCCGGUUCAAAGUGCGCGUGUCUAUCACGCCCGGCAGCCACGCCUCUGAAGUGGCCGUGAAUAAACAAUUGGCCGAUAAGGAACGGGUGGCGGCCGCACUCGAGAACGCUCAUCUGCUCAAUGUGGUCAAUCAGUGCCUGAUCAAACCGACGGAAGAGUAG